AUGGCAGUGAUUGAAACAGUUCUAACUGUUAACGCACUGCUGACAUCUAUCCUCAGCAUUCUACCGAAUGCUUUGGUGAUUCUGUUGGCUUGUACCAGUGAAGUGCUCGAAAUAAGGCAAUAUCGAUGGAUUAUUGCUGGACAGUCAUUUUUGGAAGUGGCUAUGAGCAUUGCACUAGCAUCACUUAAUAUGGUGAGUUUCCAGUGUGUUCGGCUUUUCUGUGAACGCGUGAAAUGGGCCAACGUCCCUGAUCCUCUUCGAAUCGAUCAAUGA